AUGGCGCGCGAAACGAGGGGUUCAGCGGCUGCGGCCGUUCCAGAUCCAGCGGUAGAUACCGAUGCUCCCGCCGCGCCUAAACGUAAACGCCAACCAUCCACCUCUCACCCCGACGCCACACCCCGCGGUAUCUCCCUCAAAGUGACCCUUCCCGCUUCCGCCGAAGUACCCAUCAACGGCGUCAAUGGGACACCGCGCGUCAAGCUCAACGUGUCGCCCGCGAAGGACGACGCGGAGCAGGGUGCGAAGCGGCCGAGGGUCAAUCUCAAGUUCAAGAAGAAGUCGGAGACUGCGGGCGCGACGGCGGCUGGUGCAAAUGGGGAUGCUGCGGUUGUAGAGGGACAGCACAAUGGCGGUGGAGGCGAGGCCGCCAAUGGGGAGACUAGUCUGCCGGAGAAGAGCAAAGAUGCUGAAGAAGGGGUGAAGGACGAUCCGGUGGUUGUCCAGGAGAGCGUUGUCCGUGCUUUGGAUAAGGAUGUGCGGGACGCUUUGGCUAUCGUUCUGGCUCAAAUGGCUGUUGAUCUGCCGAGACCACUCAACACGCUGCUGACAUUGCCAUUACCGCCGACUUUUGAUCGGAAGGACGAGAAUACGCUGGCGCAUGUCCUCAAUCAGGAAGAUUUGUCGUGGGAACGGCUAGUGGAACUGCUACACGUCUUCUCCACCCACCUCCUCCAGCCCUGCGCCUACCCUGUCCCCUUCCCCCCACUCUCCCACAUACACGCCACCAUACCCCCUUUACCGCCUCAUCAGCCACAUCACGCCAUUUACGCGUUCUGCGCUUCUCUGCGCGACAUCAUACUCUCCAUCGAACCCACUACCGCACGCGGUCCAAAUGCAGGCCAGGGUCUACUGGAAAAAUGGGCGUUGAUUAUGCGUGCGCCGGCACCAGGGGGUACGGAUGGCCGCCGAGGGGGCGGCGAUUGGUGGACGGGUAUAGCGGAUUGGAGGGAGGCGGAGAGAAUAAAGGUUAAGAAUGGAGGGGGGGAGGGUGUAUUAGAGCGCUUUGCGGCUGAUGGGGGGAAGUUUGGAUACGCCAAUGCUGUCUCGAUCACUUCGUUCGCUGGGUCCACGACGGGUCUAGCGAGUGCGCCGACGCUCGGCGAAUCGAUUGUGCAGAAGGCGAGCCUGAAGGCGCAGAGAUGGAAGGAGAUGUUGGCGAGGCGGAAAGGCGGGUUUGGGAGCUUUCACCGACCAGUUGCCAUCCCGCGCGUAUCGCACCUACCUUGGACACCAACGUUCGGCCCUUCGUUCGACUCAAACUAUGCCGCAGGGGGUGUAGGAUACUGGACGACCCUCGAGGCGAUGCAUCAGCGGGAGCGGUAUAAGAGCUGGAGCGGGCCGAGUGGGCUGCAGGUACAGGAAGGGGGAGAGACGAAGGGAUACUGGGGCAGUCUGGAGGCCAAAGGGGAGGGGGCGACGACUGUCGAGCAUGGGGACGUUGGCAUGGAGGAUGUUGGGCCAGAAGCUGGUGAGGAGGGGACGAAGAGUGGUAGAGGGGUAGACGAUGUGCUCCGGGAUAAUGCGGACUGGCUGAAUGAGCUGGUUGGGUGGCAAGAGGCCAGAGUGCGUAAAGGGGAGAAGGAGGUUGGAGAACGGGAGCAGGUAGUUGCGGAGGAACUUCUCAACUCCCUGGCAUCGCUAUCGGCCACUAUACCACCGUCCGCCCUCAUCCCCAAUCUCGAGCCCGGCUUCGCCCACCGGGUCAGUAAACGCCUCAUCCAUACUCCCGCACCUACCAUCCGCGGCACGCUCGACCCGCGUCGCCCCAAGGCCAUCCACGACAAUGCUACCAUCCGACCCCGGCCGUCCGCGAUGCCCAGCGCCUCUCUUCCCCCUGUACCUUCCAUGUCUAACGGGCCGAGUGUCGCACAGCAACUCGCGGGGACGCCCACCCGGUCGAGUAACGGCGCUGGGAGUGGAUAUACGCCUGCUUCUCAGCCGGCCCAAGCCAAGGCCUACCAACCCCGCCAAUCCUCCUCUGCCUCCGCCGCCUCGCAGCGGCAGAGCUACGGCUACGCCGGCUCGCCCAUGCCCUCCGCGACUAUCCUCCCUGGCGGGCUUACACCACAAUCUAUACCCCGGACAGGCAUCAUUCCCACCUCGCAGCUCCUCGGCCAAUCUACAGAAUAUCGGCACCACGUUCUGCCCCAGCCGGCGCCGCCUCGGCAGACAUACGUGCAUACGCCAUAUCAGCCGGGUCUGCUCGGCGGCGCCGGUGGCGCGGGCGGGACGGGGAACACGAUCUAUUCUCGUGGAUCGCCCGGAGUGGGCCCGGGCCAGCAGGGACCACAGGGACAGCCAGUGAUGAUGGCUUCCCCUGGACUCGGACCCGGGGCAAUGGGGCCGGGAUCGCCGUCGCCUACUGGCGGAGUAGGGGUGGGGCAGUAUGCCCGGCCAGGGAUGCAGCCUAGUGGGUUGAGACAGAGCUUCGGGCCGGAUGCUGGAGGGAGUCAAGGCGGAGGAGGAGGAGGGGGCUAUUUCGCGGGUAUGGGUAGAUCAUGA